GAGAAACGACUCGUCAAGCAGGUUAGCAUGUGACAAAAGUGACAGAUCGUAAGCAAGAGUUAAAUAAGUGGUUUCGGUAUUUGUAUAAUUGUAAAUUUUAAAUACAAUGGAUCCAGCAUUACUCAGAGAACGAGAACUGUUUAAAAAACGAGCUCUAAGCACACCAGCGGUAGAAAAAAAGAAAAAGGAACAGGAUAAAGACUCUGCACGAGAUGAGCCCCUCAAAAAGAAACCCAAGCCAUCCUCUGUGUCUACAGGGCCAAAGCUGGACAUGGUUAACUAUAAAACCAUGUCUGGUAGUACCCAAUACAAGUUUGGUGUUUUAGCCAAGAUAGUGAAACACAUGAAAACUAGGCAUCAGGAUGGCGACGAUCAUCCUUUGACAUUAGAGGAAAUUCUAGAUGAGACAAAUCAAUUAGAUGUUGGAUCUAAGGUAAAACAAUGGCUUCAAACUGAAGCUCUUGUUAAAAAUCCAAAAAUUGAGGUUACUUCGGACGGUAGAUUUGUAUUCAAAGCUAUGUAUAAAAUCAAAGAUAAAAAAUCUCUAUUGAGAUUGCUAAAACAACAGGACUUGAAAGGUCUCGGGGGGAUUUUAUUAGAGGAUAUACAGGAAAGCUUGCCACACUGUGAUAAACAUUUAAAGAGUUUACAAAACGAAAUAUUAUUUAUAACAAGGCCCAUGGAUAAAAAAAAGAUUGUAUUCUAUAACGAUAAAACGGCACAGUUUCCAAUAGACGAUGAAUUUCAAAAAUUAUGGAGGGCUGUUGCCGUUGAUGCAAUGGAUGAUCAAAAGAUUGAUGAAUAUCUUGAGAAACAAGGAAUACGAUCGAUGCAAGAUCACGGUCCUAAAAAACCGGCUCCGAUCAAAAGAAAGAAACCAGUCGGUAAGAGGAAACAAUUCAAGAGGCCAAGAGAUAAUGAACAUUUGGCAGAUGUUCUGGAAACAUACGAUGAUACAAAAUAGAUUUUACUUAAUGUCUGUAAAUAAUACGAAAUUGUGAUUUAAGUGUUGAAAGAUAAAUAAGAACGGAUUUAUCAUUAUAUCAUGAUUAAAUAUGAUCAACUUUCUAUGAAAAUCAUCUAUUUUGAAGUUAAAAUUAUAGCCUUACAUAUCAUCGUGAUAUAAUAAAUAGAUAAAAUAUUUAUUGUCAUAACUUUACCUUAUAAGUACAAAAUAAAUCUAGAUCAACUAGUACAAGUUUCUGUAUGUAUAUAAACUACAUUCGUGUAUGUUGUAUUCAUUAUCAGCCUUGUAAAACGAACAAGCCAUUCACUUUUCACACAUUGUGAACCGAGUAAUUGAAUUUCGAUGAAAAUAUGUAUAUCUUGCAAGACAAUAAAGCGUUUCAGUAAAAAAUAUGACAACAUA